CGUUGUAGGAGAACCACCCGGUCAAUUGGCUUCGGUGGUUCGAUGUUCGACGACGAAACAAAGUCAGGCCAAAAGGCAGCACUCUAAAGAUCAAUUGGUUGCUGUGUCACAUAUGUCGCGUGAUGAAUGUGUAAGCGUACUUCAGGAAACGAAGAACAUCAUCCCUAUAAGCUUCUUAAAUAACAUUAGUCUUGAAAUUAGUCUUGAAUUCGAUACAAGCAAACUAUACUUUGACGCAGACCACUUAUCUUUCGAAGAUUUCCAACGUCACUGGAAGAUGGGCCUUCCGAUGGUGAUAACUAACUUGGGCAAACGGAGUCAAAUUCGGUGGACACCUGAAUACUUUAUUAAUGGUCAAGCAGGACAGAUGUGCCGUUGCGUUAAUUCUAAUGUACAAGGCGAGGAACUAUUGAUGAAAGUUGAUGAAUUUUUUGCUGGAUUUGAUGACCACAGUCUCCGCAAAAUCUCACCGGAUGGAACUCCCGUAUGUCUGAAGCUUAAGGAUUGGCCUUCUGAUGCCGACUUUAAAGACAAGUUUCCAGAUUUGUUUGAAGACUUUUUCCGCUCUAUACCGUUUCCUGAAUAUACUACGCGUGAAGGUACAUUAAACCUUGCUAGUCGUAUGCCGAUGGACUUUGUUCGACCGGAUCUCGGUCCCAAGAUGUACAAUGCGUAUGGCUCUAGCGACAAAGCUUAUGGGAGAGGCACUACGAAUUUACAUCUAGACAUGACAGACGCGGUUAAUUUAAUGAUGUAUGCAACUCCGCUCGAACAACGUCCUGAACACGAGUUACGAGAAAGAGAGGAUCGUCCCUCGACCAACCUUCGUGAAGAUUCACCAGCUGCAGUGUGGGACUUGUAUCUCCCCGCAGAUCUACCUAAGCUUCGUGAAUUCCUUCGUGGGAUUGCUACGGAACAAAAUGUGCGGGUAGAUGAUCCAAUACACGAUCAAUGCUUCUUUGUCGAUAAUCGGUAUCGGGAACGUCUCAAGCAAGAAUAUGGAAUUAGCGGUAUACGCCUCUAUCAGAAUCCUGGUGAUGCAGUAUUUAUACCCGCUGGAUGCGCACAUCAAGUGUGUAAUUAUACAUCUUGUGUUAAAACAGCGGUGGAUUUUGUUUCUCCUGAAGGAGUAGAAAGAAAAUCUGACGAAGGAAUGACUACAGCGGAUUUGACCGUACACCUGUCAAACGAAUUAAAGUGCUUGUACGAAGAAUCAUUCAAUACAGAUGUUACUAUUCAAGUUGGAGAAGAAGGACACUCAAAAAUCUUCCAUGCACACUG